AUGGCCGGCCCAAUAAAAACAGUGACAGCUCUGAGUGUCGGUGCCAUGAAAUAUGCCGAGUUCCGCAAGACCUGGGAGGAAGGCAGCGCAGAGAAGGCUCGACGUUCACUUCUCGACGAAAUCGAGAAGCAAAUUCCACAUAUGAGGGAUAGCUUGGACCUCGUCAAUGACAGUACUAUUUUGAAGAAUGAAAUAAAAACGAUCGCGGCCUUGGAACAACUAAACCUCUCCCACCAUACUGCAGCAAAUCUAGACAAAAUGGCAGAUUCCAUAACGACAAAUACAGCACAAAUAACUGGAAAGAUUGAUGAAGCGGCCAGUUGCAUCAACGAAAUGACAUUAAACUCCACUGGUAUUGCCAAAGACAUUCACGGUGUGAGGAUUAUUGGGAACUCAAUGCUUGACAGUAUGGAGUACCACAUGAAAUUCAUGCAAACCGCAGCAGUUGGACUUGCAUUCGAGGUGCAUCAAGGUGUGCAGGCAUUAAAAAAGAUUGGCGAGUCUCUCGAUGGGAUCAACAAGGCAAUGAUUGAUAGAAACAGCAUUUACACCCAAGGUAGUGCUGGGGAGGACGGAUUCGCUACGCAUGUGUAUGAUUAUAUUGAGACAUCAAUUGAAGCUACCACGAAGGAUUCAUCAGCGGACAAUCAUAGAUAUUUCGUCUAUCAUCCAGACACGAAUUGGUAUCCCGCAUUUCACAGAUUGAUCCGGAACAAUCCACUUCCUGGAGGUUUUUGCGCCAAGUCCGAUGAUCUGGAUCAACUGUGUCUUAUUAUGCAGACGGCUCGGAGGACUUUGGUUGAAGCCAGUGAUGCAGGGAAGGAUAUAAAUUUCCAUCUGCUUAUACCUGCCUGGAGCCCAAUUUCAAUUACUGAGCCACUGCAUUUCCCCGACGACCUUCAACCUUUUCGCGUUGAAGGGCUCAAAUAUCAAGGGAAGCCAUAUGUAACAUUCAACCUACCCUUUGAGCGUGCCCGACUGCUUUAUGGCAUUAGAAAUCUGCGUGACCCAGAAGGAUGGAACACAUUGAGUAACGUUGGCGCUAGCACUACUUGGUUGGUAGGCGGUACAGUGUUGAAUACUGCAUGUUUGGCGCUUGGGUUAUGUGCAGGGGUUGCUACAGGCCUGGGGACGGUUAUUGUGGUACCCAUCUGGGGGGGAGGUUUUUUUGGGACAGCUACCACUAUUGCUUUGCCGGCUACUUAUGCUGUUAGAGAUGCUCUUCAUGAGCGUCCGCCCAGGAUCUUGGGCUCUAAUGAGCGCAAGAAAGCACUAUGA